AGUAUAAUAUUAAAUCAAUUAAAAAGAAUAAUGAAAUGAGAAACGGUUGCUUGAAACCAACCAACUUAAGGAGUCCAACACUUGAUCAAACAAACCUCUUUUUGCGUUUUUCUUGUUAUUCUUCUUCUCUAUUUACACACUUUCUCUCUCUUAAACCAUCAUUAGAUUCUCCCAACUUAUUAGAGAGAGAAAGAGAAUUUCAUCUUCUUCAUUCCAAAAUCUUCUCUUUUUUAAUUUUCUUUUUCAGUAAAACCCUUUUUAUUUUCUUGGUUUUUGGCAAAAAAAAUUUGGAGUUGAGUAAUCAGAAAAUGAACCCAAAACCUAAGGAGUUUAGUUCUAAGCACAUCAAGAUAUUGGAGGGGCUUUUUAAGUUGCCAGAAAAUAAAGAGUGUGCUGACUGCAGAAGCAGAGCUCCAAGAUGGGCCAGUAUAAAUCUUGGUAUAUUUAUAUGCUUGCAAUGUUCAGGAGUACACCGCAGUCUUGGAGUGCACAUAUCUAAGGUGCGAUCUGCAACUCUAGACACAUGGCUUCCGGAACAGGUUGCUUUUAUGCAAUCCAUGGGGAAUGAAAAAUCCAAUGCCUACUGGGAAAAGGAGUUACCUCAGCACUAUAAUAGAGGUCAAAUUGAAAAGUUCAUACAUGCAAAGUAUGUUGAGAAAAGAUGGAUUCCAAUUGACAGUCGAGUCAAGUCACCCCCAAGAAUUUUACAAAAAUUAGGUUCUAGUCGUUCAGGAAGGCGUUUUGGCAGCAUUGCAGAAUGGACUAACAAUCAACAUUCAUGUAAGGUGAGAAGAGAUUGCUUAACGGGUGAAAGAGAUGGGAUAAGCUCGAGUCAUGGCAGCGGUGAAGUGCAUAAAGACUGUGCAGUCAAUAAAAAUCUUCACCAACAACCAGAGAAGAAAGAGAACAGUAAACCAUCUAAGGAUCCUGAUGUGAAAUGUGUUAAUGGUGAACUUUCUAAAGUUCCUGCUCAGGUUGUCCCUAAUGCAGCCCCUAAGGCCCCUAAUGGAAGCUUGCUGAAGUCUGUACGAGAAGUCUCGAAAAUCAAAUCAUUAACCGCUAAUGCCAUUCCUGCUGUCCCUUCUCCCAAAGUUGAUUAUGCUGACGAACUUUUCAAGAGACUAUGCAUCGAUGAUUCUGCGGACAAUGACUCAAGUGCUGAUACGAGUUCAUGGGUUCAUUUUGAUUCCGAACAAGAAGCAUUUAAACCAGAGACAGAGAUUGUUCAAAAACCAGAUGUUCAAGAAGUGUUAAUUUCUGAGGCAAGGUUGACUCCAAAAUCUAGGGCGAGCAAAAUCCACCCUGGACCGGAAAUAGAGGAUGUCCAAACGGCUAUGGUGCCAUUUGAAACUGGACAUUUUAGCGAACAUCAGAAAGAUGUUACGAAUAAUGAUAAAAGCCUUUCAGAAAAGCCUAAAUUGGUUUCUGCAUCUUCCGUCCAUCUACAAAGACUGGCAAUGCUUGCUGAAGGUGUGUCCUUCAGAGAUGCCCCAAGCGUUCCUGGUAGUAUGCAUCAAGGUAUUGAUAGUUUUCAACAGCAUCAGCUCAAUAUAAACAGGGAAACUGUCCAAUGCACAGCUGGAACUCAGAUGCCGAUGCAAAAUUUCCAACCAGUGAAGAUGGCAGUAAAUGCUGCUCCAUACACCAAGUCCAGCUUGUACGCACCUGCAAUUACAAACAAUGGCAUGUUGACCACCCCAGCUAGGGACCCUCCUGCAGCAUUGCCAGUUUCAGGAUACGACUACGACUUUUCGUUCCUAACCCAAGGGAUGUUCACUAAGCGAUAAGAGGGCAUCGUCCUCCGAAUUGCUAGAGAUGAUGUACAGGAAAUAGAUUGCCUCAUUUGAUUAAUUGCAUUGCUUUCAAUGAGUUAGGUCACAUUGUUUGUAAAAUGCAACUCUUCCAUUGUUCAGCUGGUUCCUUGGUUCACUUAUUUGUGAGGAUAUAUACUUAUUCUCGUCUUUCUUUGGGAACCUUAAAUUUUGAUUCAUGAAUUUUAACCAUUCCAACU